UUCAACAUUCUUGUGUGUUAGUUUUUCGUGAAAGAAUCGGUGUAAAUUGCUUUAUAUCACGCUGCAAAUAGAAUAAAAUAGUUUCUAAGCACCAAGAGAGUAGUUUAUACUGUUUUUCAACAGCUCUAAACCCGAACGCGAAUAGCAAAACGCAUCACACGCGAAAGACAACAUGGCUGACCGUAGAUCAGGAGGAUCAAGUCGAAACAAUUUCAACGAUGAUAAAAAUUCCGCAGAUAUACCGCCGAUGUCGCGUCUCUUCAUUAUCUGCAGCAAAACGGUAACGGAGGAUAAUCUACGUGAGCAUUUCAAUCAAUUUGGUGAUAUUGAAGAAAUAUGGAUAGUGAAAGACCGUCAGUCAGGGGAUGCGAAAGGGGUGGCUUAUAUCAAGUUUUCUAAAACAUCAGAAGCGGCUAAAGCGCUAGAAGAAAUGAAUGGCAAGUUGAUUGGAGAUAAUUCGAGACCGAUUAAGGUUUUAGUAGCCGCUAAUCGCCAGCAGGGAUCAAGAAAACAGACCGAAAAUGAGGAGGAAAAAUAUCUUCGGCUGUUUGUGUUGAUUCCGAAGGAAAUGUCCGAGGAAUCGCUUCGACAGGAGUUUGGGCAGUUUGGAACAGUCGAUAGUGUGACGAUUAUCCGAGACAGAGCCACUAAGGAGGGUAAAGGAUUCGCAUAUGUCAAAUUCAACCGUUUCACUCACGCUGCCCGGGCUUUCGAGGAUUGUGAUUCUAAGUAUAAAGCUGUGUUCGCCGAACCAAAGCCACCCCGAAAUGCUUCGGUAUCGUCAAACGAUAACUUCGGUGGAUUCAACAGUAGCGGAGGGGGCUCGAAUGGCUUCAACGAUGACCGUCGUGAGCGGGGUUCCGGAAUGAGCAGCUCGGCACCGAUCAUGGGUUUCGGGUCAAUGGGUGUCAACGAUCGCCGAGGAAUGACCGGUAUGACCAAUGAUCGGGCCACAAACUUUGGCUUCAACACCAGCAACUAUUCGGGACAGUCGACCAAUCAAAACGACACUUCGCUGACCGUGCUUUGCAGUCCGGCACUGAAUCAGGAUCAAUUGUGGAGGCUUUUUGACAUUAUUCCUGGAUUGGAUUACUGUCAGAUUAAUAAUGAUUUCAACAGCCGCAAUGUGACGGCUACAGUGGUGUACAACAAUGCCCAGUCGGCGAUGUACGCCAGAGAUAAAAUUCAUGGUUUGGAGUAUCCACCAGGCGAACGUCUGAUCAUUCGUAUGGGACUGGAAACAGUCGGCUUCAUGGCAAGCACUGAUCCAUUCAACAAUGGCGAGCGUAAAAUUGUAGAUCGCGACGCGGCGUUUUGCAAUGUUUCCCUGCCGGCACCAAUGCCGAUGGCUAACUCUAACGCCGAAGUGGCCCAGCGAUGCUUUAUCGUCUGUAUUCCGAAAGCACUGCCGACCAGCGUGCUGAAGCAAACAUUCUGUCGUUUUGGCGAUCUAAUCGAUGUGUACCUGUUGCCGAAUAAAAACUGUGGCUACGCCAAGUUUGCCAGCGAGAACAGCGCUAAGAAAGCUAUGGAAACACUGCACGGAGCGGAAAUUUUAAACGUUCGACUCAAGGUUUUGGAAGCUGAAGAACCUAGCAACGAUCGAAGAAAACGCAUGCGUCAUGACGAUCGCAUGGACAAUGAGUAAACACUGGACGUUCCAACGCAGCGACAGGAUUAAGUCCGAAAUCUGUCGCAUUAUCAAUGAAGGCAUACCACAAACGAGAAGACCUAGACCAUAGAAUUGGACAAGAACUAUUUUACUACUUAACGCUAGAGACGAACAAACAAACCCUACCACAGUACAGUACUCCCAAAAACAAAAGAAAAAAAAAACAUGAAAUCCUAGCCCCAGAUCAUUUCUGAACAACAACAAGAACAACCACAGUCAGAAAGACCGCUUGGACUGGAACCAACCAAGACUUUGCUUCAUCUCAUCGGUUGAUACGAUAGAAAAAAGAAACGCUGGACCAAAUGUACGCAAAUGAACGAACAUCUGUCAACCUGUACUGCCACUUCACAACCACGUUUGAUAGGACCGCGUUCGAGAAGACUUCCAGACUUUAAGAACAGUUUUUCCGGACCACCACGCAUGUGUAAAACAAGUCAGAAGUGUAGUAGUGGAACAACUUUCCUGACAAGACUGGAAGAAAGCACACUAGAAAAGUCCAAAUGUGAAGUGACGACAAUUGGGACUGGAAUUGUUACGGUAGGAUUCUUAGCAACUGUAUCAUACAUUUUCUAGACAUAAGCACUACGUACGCAGGCAUGCGUGCGCACGCCACCUACGGUAGUACCUAUAUAGGUAUUUCGCUUGGCAUCUUUUACCAACAGACCUUUUAAUUAUUUGUUGUCACUAUGCUACUAUUCUAUUAUUAGGUUUCAUUUCAUUGUGACUUAACGAUCCUUCCGACAACACUGGUACUGUAAUAAACAGUGCAGUAAUUUCGAAUAUUAUUAAUAGGGUGUGAUUCAAUCUUUCCUAUAUUUACCAAACCUAAAGAUUACAUCUUGAAAAAUAUACUUAUGUAUGAUCGAACAGGCUGUUCGAGAUCACGCAAAAUGCAUGAGAUUAAAGCUAAAUUUAAAAAUUUUCUAGGAAGACCCAUUAUAAUGACAUUAGUUAUAACGGAUAGUGGAAACGAUAACUCACACAAAUAAAAUAGAGUACAUAAUACACUUUACGACAUUACAACCAAAAACCAAACAUCCUACAUUCGUUACACUAAUCAAUGCAUCAUUUAAUUGUUCACCGCAACUAUCCAAACCAUCAUGAGAGAAAGUACUUUCUUUAUCAAAAAAGAAUAUAUUCUUGUGUACAAGCGAAACGACGGUCUUAGACCACUAGAACCGUCGAAGAUUUCUGUUAACAUUUUGUACAAUCAUACUUUAGCGGCAAAGAUUCAGUUUGGUAGUUAAUAUAGUAUCCUCACUGGAUUAAGUAUAGUUGGAUUCAUCCACUUGGUAAACGUUUUAUCUCCUAAUUUUUGUUUCACCGGACUUACGAACAAUCUACAUACAUAGUGGUAAGCAUACAGAAGCUUUUCCGACUAUCUACUAAUAAACAAAAAUAAAAUAAAAACCACAGUGACGUGCAGUUCAUGCCCCCGGGAUCGGUGCGUAUUAAAAGAAGAUUUCAUUUUCUUCCGCCAAACCAAACAAAUAAAACAAAACAAAAAACGGACAAAUUAUUGGUACAUCAAUAUGGAAUAGACAAUGGUCCAAAAAAUCAGAUCAGAUGAAGCGAUUUAUUCAUAUUCAUAUACAGUAUCAACCAGUUCAUUUCUAAUCAGUGAUAUUGGACAUUAGAACGUAGAUUCAUUUCAUGUCCACUUGCGACCGGGCGAUGUGCGUUCGUUUAUCGCCGGUGGGAUAAAGUUCAUCAUUCACGCACACACCCACAUACAUUUACUCUUUCCAUAAAUUUCAGUUUUUUAUUCUCUCGCAACAAACGGUAUUUUAUCCAGUAAAUAUACGUUUUAAUCUGUGCAAAGGUGUAUCACAUUAUAUUAGCACUUAUCUAUUAGUAUAGUAAUGAUUGCCGAAAUGUAACCAGGAUUUAAGAUAAAUAAAGAUUUGCCAAUUCAUUUUUAAUGAAUGA